AAGUGGGCGGAACGCGGUGGAGAAGGAACGGCCGUGAGCACCAAUAAGAAGCGAGAAGCGGCGAGGCUCAUCCAAUGGCAGAGCGUGGAGGGCGGGGACGCGAGGAGGCGGGGCAACCUGGAUGGAGCCGGCAACAGGAGGCUGAGGGAGGCGGCCAAGGCAGAGGCAGUACAAAGGGAGAUGUCCCUCGCAUCCGCGCUGGAAGCAGGAUGAAUCUCAUAUCUAUGGCGACGGAGCCCGAGCUGAAAUGGGUAGCCCUGUGGGUCCGCGUCAGGUGGGCAGCCGUGCUCGUGCUGCUGCUGGGCUCCCUCCUGCUGCUGCUGCUGCCGCUGCCUGCCGUGGAGGAGAAAUGCCACGCGAUGCUCAGGGGGCUCUCCUUCCUGAGGAGUAAGCUGGGCACCGGCUAUACGGGCGUCACCAGGUACACAGGGCAGAGCACCGGGCUGAGUGUCACCUCGCAGGGGCUGGAGCUGUUGGUGCUGAAGGGCAAGGCCUCCCCAGAAGUGAAGUUAGAAGCCAAAGCAGCUCUGAACCAAGCCCUGGAAAUGAAGCGCCAAGGAAAGCGAGAAAAAGCACACAAACUCUUUGUGUAUGCCCUCAAAAUGGACCCUGAUUACGUGGAUGCCCUGAAUGAAUUUGGCAUUUUUUCUGAAGAGGAAAAAGACAUUCUUCAAGCAGACUAUUUGUACUCCAAAGCACUAACCCUUUCUCCCUGCAACGAGAAGGCUUUGAUCAAUCGGGACCGGACGUUGCCUUUAGUUGAAGAAAUCGAUCAGAGGUAUUUUAGCAUUAUUGACAGCAAGGUUAAAAAAGUGAUGGCGAUCCCCAAAGGCAAUUCCGCCCUGCGCCGAGUGAUGGAGGAGUCCUACUAUCACCACAUCUACCACACGGUUGCUAUUGAAGGGAACACUCUGACGCUGUCAGAAAUUCGACACAUCAUCGAGACCAGAUACGCUGUUCCUGGAAAAAGUUUAGUGGAGCAGAAUGAGGUGAUUGGCAUGCAUGCAGCUUUGAAAUACGUCAAUACCACGCUGGUAUCCCGAAUAGGCUCUGUUACCAUCACUGACAUCCUGGAGAUACACCGGAGAGUGCUGGGCUAUGCUGACCCCGUGGAGGCGGGGCGGUUCAGGACUACGCAGGUGUUUGUAGGGCAUCACAUACCCCCUCACCCCCAGGACGUUGGGAAACAGAUGCAGGAAUUUGUGCAGUGGCUUAACUCUGAAGAUGCCAUGAGUUUGCACCCUGUGGAAUUUGCUGCGUUAGCCCACUACAAGUUGGUUUACGUUCAUCCUUUUAUAGAUGGCAAUGGGAGGACCUCACGUCUGCUAAUGAACCUCAUCCUGAUGCAGGCAGGUUACCCACCCAUCACCAUCCGCAAGGAGCAACGGGCAGAGUAUUACCAUGUCUUAGAAGUGGCCAACGAGGGCGAUGUGAGGCCUUUCAUACGCUUUAUAGCUAAGUGUACUGAGACAACACUGGACAUGUUGCUCAUUGCCACCACGGAGUACUCCGUGGGCUUACCUGAAGCUGAUGGCAGCAGUGCUGGAUGCAAACAAACUAUCCCUGUCAAGACCUGAAGGUUGUGGGCGUUGAGAAGGCAGGGAAUACAUGGGUGAACAGGAAGCCACGCUGCUCAGUAUUUCUGCUGGAAAGUGACUUGACAGGAGGUGUUACUCUAGCAUUUCAUUUAUUUAAAGUCUCUUACAUUUGAUUAAAUUAAUAUAAUUUAUUUAUAUACAUUAUGCCAAGCUAAACUGUUGAUGUUGACUGUGUGCUGUAACUUGCCUGUGCUACGGUAAGAGGUGGGGAAAAACAUCAGAGGGGCUGAACAAACUGAAGUAGAAAUCAUUUCAUUUCUCCAUAAAAUUAAGCAUUGUGAAGCUGCUUCCAUCAGUCAGCAGCUUUAUCUUACCUUAUAAUGGAGCUGCUAGGUGGGACAAAGCCUUAACAGUUGUUGCUCUCAUACUACCCCUUCACUCUUGUUCAGAACCCAAAGCCUUUGCAGUAACAGCAUGCUCCCAGCUGCAUCAAGCUGGCUUUCUCCUUCACUAUGACACAUUCAGCCUGAAAAGAUGAGGAAGAAGUCUAGCUGCAGGGUGGCAGUGGUAUUUCUCCCCUCCCGUUUCUGCUUUCUGUAGCACUUUGCAUAUUUACUUUCAGUUGCCUUUCCUAGGGUAAGGUAUGUGAAACAAAUGGGGAUUGUUUGGUUUAUGAUUACAGCCCCUGUGACUGGAACAAGACAAGAAAUGCUCUCUGACUUGCUUCACGGAAUGGCAAGGUGUUCUUGCUGCGUCUUCGCCAGGACAAUUUCGUUCUCAGGCUCUACUUUAGAUCCCCCCCAGCAGGCAGGUCCCCUGGGAAACUGCAGCUGCCUGCAGGUUUCUGUUCAGGGUCUGAAAACUGCUUGUUUCUGUAAAGCUGCAGGCAGAAAAGGCCGUUCCACAUAACCACAAGAUUGCCUUUAUCUGGUGGGCUGUUCUGGUAAGAAUUCAUAUAGUGAGUUUGCCAAAAACUUAAGUUUCCUUCAUCUACACAAGAGAACUUUUCAUAAUAGGUUUACUAACUACCAGGUCAUGCUAUUCCUGUGAUAAAUAUAUAAAGAACCACCCAAGGCCUCUCCUUAUUGCAGUCUCAGUUUGCAUAGCACCUGGAACGGCCGUCCAAUUGAAAGAGCUUUUAAGGUAAAAGCAUUUGCAGUUUAACAUUGAGAGGAGUUGCUCCCUACGCCCCACCUGCCAGUUGUAUAAUUGCAAAUUCCAGGUCUUACAGAUGCCAACACCUUCAAGUUCAGAAGACACGGAAGGAGUGGAUUCCUGUAUUGUCCCAGGCCUGGUUUUCUCCCCUCUAGCUCUCUUACCUGCAAGGUAGUUAGGAUACAUUUCAUACAGCAAAUAGACAGCAAGUUACCUAUACACUGUAGCACCAGCCUCUCCUCAUGUAUUGAUUACUGCUGACAAAGAAACUGAACAAGUGUUCUAUUUUUACAAAGCAUGCUUAUUUUUGUAGUGCAAUGUGAGUAUAAAAGUAUUCUGCACUUCAGAGCUCUGGAAAAAAAAAGUUCAUUUUAGUAACAGAUUAAUAAAGUAUUUUAAUAUUAAGUCUGCAGUAAAAUCAGAACUGCUCUCA